GUGCAGCUGGCGAGGAGGAAGGAGGGAGCCGGAGCGCACGCGUAGGCCAGCCAGAGGCGCAGCCCUGUCGGUCGGGGCGCGGGCCCCCCGGGAGCCGCAUCGGGACUCGGCACCGGCGGGGCAGGCGGUGGCGGUUUUAUAACCGGAUUCUCCGUGACGUACGGCUGCCUGGCAGUUAUCUUUCUGGACCAGUAGGCAGAGAGGGGGAUUGACGCCGACGAGACUUCUGCAUCUUGGAAGGGACUGUAAUCUUCUGUAGUGAAGAACAGAAGCUCUCAAUCACGCGGGUGUAAAUAAGAGCCGGAGGGGGGCCCAAAAGAAAAGGAAGAGGAGGGGAGAAGUGUGUAUUGGGGGGAGCGGGCAAAGCAUUUUUGGUGGAUGGUACGAAGCCAGCCAUGGAAACUGCAGCCGAGGAAAAUACUGAACAAAGCCAAGAGAGAAAAGUGAACAGCAGAGCUGAAAUGGAAAUUGGCAGGUACCACUGGAUGUACCCAGGCUCAAAGAACCACCAGUACCGUCCCGUGCCAACCCUGGGGGACAGGGCUAGCCUCUUGAGCAGUCCAGGCUGCUUCGAAUGCUGCAUCAAGUGUCUGGGAGGAGUCCCCUACGCCUCCCUCGUGGCCACCAUCCUCUGCUUCUCCGGGGUCGCCUUGUUCUGCGGCUGUGGGCACGUGGCUCUCGCGGGCACCGUGGCGAUCCUUGAGCAACACUUCUCCACCAACACCAGUGACCACGCCCUGCUGAGCGAGGUAAUACAACUGAUGCAGUAUGUCAUCUAUGGAAUUGCAUCCUUUUUCUUCUUGUACGGGAUCAUUCUGUUGGCAGAAGGCUUCUACACCACGAGCGCAGUGAAAGAGCUGCACGGGGAGUUUAAAACAACCGCCUGUGGCCGGUGCAUCAGUGGGAUGUUCGUCUUCCUCACCUAUGUGCUGGGAGUGGCCUGGCUGGGUGUGUUUGGCUUCUCUGCAGUGCCCGUGUUUAUGUUCUACAACAUAUGGUCAACCUGUGAAGUCAUCAAGUCCCCCCAGACCAACGGGACAGCCGGGGUGGAGCAGAUCUGUGUGGACAUCCGGCAAUACGGUAUCAUUCCUUGGAAUGCUUUCCCAGGAAGAAUAUGUGGCUCGGCCCUGGAGAACAUCUGCAACACCAAUGAGUUCUACAUGUCCUAUCACCUGUUCAUCGUGGCCUGUGCGGGAGCUGGUGCCACCGUCAUUGCCUUGAUCCACUUCCUCAUGAUACUGUCUUCUAACUGGGCUUACUUAAAGGAUGCAAGCAAAAUGCAGGCUUACCAGGAUAUCAAAGCAAAGGAAGAACAGGAACUGCAAGAUAUCCAGUCUCGGUCAAAAGAACAACUCAAUUCUUACACAUAAAUGUUUGCCAGAGGGUCUCAGCCGACGAAUUUACAGCUGACAAAUCAUCAGACAGCUGCUCUGCAGUACAGAUGUGUACCCCACCAAACAAACUCACGUAGAAGUCCAAACAAACACUUCACUGUCUGUCUCAAGCUGCUGGGAUGUAUUUCUAGGAAAACCUUCCAGUAGGUAAAUCUUUUUCUUUAGAACAGAUAUUGGAGGUUUCAUGGGAGCCAUUUUAAAAGGCAACACUUUGACAAAAUGAGCGUUCAUCAUCCGUUUGAAAAUCUGUGGCCUGUUCACGAUCCUACCGAGACAGGCUGUGAGAAUACAUCAUACCCCUAUCUUGAUAGGGACCAUGCCAUACCAGCGUCAGGGGGUGUGACCAUCCGUUCUCAAAUAGAUAAAUGUAUCUAAAAAUAGGAGAUAAAGUGGAAUUGAUGUGAAGUUCCAUUUCUGACAGACAGCUGACAUUUAUGAAGCUGGGGCUCAAAGAUAAAGUGAUCCUUACAAUUGACCUUUUUUAAAAAAAAUAGCUGACCUCCGCACCCGCAGGACGUAUUAAUUUCCUGAUCCAAUCAGAAAUCCUUUUUUCCCCAAGAAUGUUAAAAUGAGCCCACUAUAAUAAUUCUGCUACACCGAGCGUGGAAGAAGCCGGAUUUCAACUGACAAACUUUCCAGAAUCAACUUUCCAGAAUCAAUUUUAUAAUAGAUUUCAUUUUAAUAAAGUGACCCAGUUGUCAUCAUUCUUGAGAAAUGUCAGCUCUGCCUUAAUGAGUAUUUGCUUUAAAUUUCUAAGAACAACAGGCAACCCCAAAUCCUUCAUAGAAUUUUGUUCCACAAGUGUUUUUCUUCAUGGAGAAGUGUUACCUUAUUAAAAUGACCACCACUCAAAACCGUUUUUACGUGGUCUGAAUAGUGAGUUUACAGUUUCAUACCAACUAUAUAGCUAAAACUGAAUGACCAACAGACCGCACACCACCUACUUUUAUACACUUGAAUACUGAAGUAAUUUCAAUUAGGGUUGGUAUUUAUUUCACUUUUUCUUAUCUAAAUCUUAGUUUCCUGGAAUAAUAAAGUUCAGUGUUCAGCAAAAAAAAAA